AAAAAACUUCAUUUUUGUGCGCGCGGCUGGAGUAGCGCCACGGAUGCGACAAAAUUACCGGACCGCCAUGGCAGCGCCGAGUGCCACAUUUUCAGAUCAGGAUUCUUCAACGAUCCAGAAAGAAAAGGACCAGAAGAAGAAGAAGAACUGAAGAGGAAGCAAUCAAACUAGUCUUCCGGAAGCAACGAUCGAAGAUGGAUCACUACAGGGUAUUAGGGGUGAGCCGUCAGGCAAGCAAGGAAGCAAUCAAACUAGCCUUCCGGAAGCUCGCCGUAGAAUUCCACCCCGACAAGCACGUUAACUCCCCGCCGGACGUGAGAGAACGCGCCACCUCCAAAUUCAAGCAGCUCUCCGACGCCUACGACACCCUAAUGGACGAUCGCAAGCGCGCCGAUUACAACAUCCGCUCCUCUAACCCUUCUCCACCCUACGGAAGCAAUCGUCAUAAUAGCAGCUAUUAUCAAUAUCAGAGUGGUGGUAAUUACCGAAAUCCGCGCGGUUAUGGCUAUAAUGACGGUUAUACCCACUGCCGCCCUGCUUCCUCCGGCAUGAAGUUCGAGAUGCUUUUGCGCUUCAUGACUACCAGGAGUUUUCUUCUCAACCUUUCAUUUGCUGGGCUUUUGUUAGGUGCAUCUAUGGGAGUCCAUAGCGGUGGAAAGGCACUAUGGAAGAUGCACAACUCUGGAAAAUCAUUUGAAGAUGCGAUGGAGUCCAUAGACAAAUCCAAAGGAUUUAACGGUGAAAAAUAGAUUGUUCAUGUCAUCAUGGGUCUUGAUGAUACUAACUAGAGGGACUAGAGCAGCAAGUGUUUGAGUCCAUUUUGUCAUAGUCCGAUGACAAAAACUACAUCAUUCUUAAUAUGAGCAGGAAUUAAAAGGUAAGGCAAUUUCCAACACGGGUUUAAUGUCCAUAUAAAUGUGUGUAUUGAGUGGGCAGGUGCUUGUGUGUGUUAAUAGAAUUAAGGCAAAAAAAGAAUAUUUGCAUUCAUUGGUUACAAAAAGUGGAACAUCGAUUUCAUCAAGAGGUAGCAAAACAUCACUACGUCUGAACCGUCUGAUCAGAGGUGCAAAAUCUUGAUCUUCCAAGCAGUAUUGUGCUUCUCGCAGCUCGCCUUCUCUUCUCACUGUACGCAACUCUUCAGCAAAAGUGUUGGGAUUGGCAGAAACUUGGAUUUGCAAUAACCCUGUCAUCAAGGUGAAUAAGAAGAGGAGGAAGAACAAACAAUAAGUGAAUCAUGCGCUGAAUGCUUGAACAUGUUUUUAUAGCUUUCCAUGCAGCAUUUGCUUCACCCUCUUUCAGUCUCAUCUGAUGUGUAUGGUCUUGUCAAGUUAUUAUACUCUUAGUUACUCACUAUGUCCCAUUUUAAUGAUCAAAUCAUUCAUAUAUUCAUUUUAAUAGAUACUAUUCAUUGAUUAAAUUC